AAAAAUCAGGGAGCGGGCGUGGGAUGCGCCUUGGUAACCUUUGGGCUGGAGGAGCUGGGGGUCGUGUGUAAAUACGGGGCUGUGGCGGCUGGAGAGCAGCGCUUCGCCCCCCUUCCUCCUCCUCCUUCCCCUCAGCCCCCGUGCCUGGCCUCAGGCUGUGGAGCGCCCUCUGGAGCGGGAGGUGCCUCUGCCCCUGCUGGGGUAUUAAUCAUGAAUUAAUAGAAUUAAAUGAUUUUUAAGGUCCCUUCUAGCCCAAACCACUCAGCAAUUCCUCUGGUCUUCUGUGAGGAGUUCCCAGGGCCUGGCCACCCUGAGGGCAGGGGGCGAUGCCUCAGGCGCCCCUCAGCUCGGAGCAGGUGCGCCUGUGUCCGAGGAUGUGUGCACGGGUUACGUGGAAGUUUGUCUUCUCCGUGGGGUAUCACUGGUGCCUUUUUUCAGCCCUCCAAGCACCUAUCAGCUUCAAGAUCAGGCUUAUGUGGAAGGAGUCCAGAAAACAAGCAGAAGGGAGCUCAUUCUGGAGGAGCAGUGCCUGCCUGAGGAAGCAACGAGGCGUGCCCCAGGACAUGUACUAGUAGAUUGUGAUUGACAGACUUCAGUUUUUGAAGAUAUCAAAAGACAUCCCAUAUACUAUUGAACAAACUGCACUAUUACUGGAAGAUUGUCAUCUGUUUUGAAGCCAGUAGACUUGCUGAUUGGCAAUCAUGUCGGUCAAACUGACAUUCGUGUCUCCUGGGGAUGGCGGUGGUAUCAGCAGGAGUUGUUCCUUCACUGGAUUCAGCACUGUGCAAAGCAGAAAAUUAGCAAAGUCUCUCAACAGAAGUUCAGUGAGAUCAAGAAUGUCACUGAAGUCCCCCAAGGCAUAUUCUUCACUGCAGAAAGGGGCAGUCAUCUGGGAUCCAAAACCACUGCAGGUGAAGAAAAUUUUUGAAGCUUUGAAGAAAGGACUUAAUGAAUACUUGGAAGCACAUCAGGCUGAGUUGGAUUAUCUCUCUGGUCGGCACAAAGAUACGAAAAGGAACUCCAGAUUGGCCUUCUACUAUGACCUGGAUAAGCAAAUUCGCUCUGUGGAGAGAUACAUUAGAAAAUUGGAGUUCCACAUAAGCAAGGUGGAAGAACUCUAUGAAGCUUACUGUAUCCAGUGCAGACUGCGUGAUGGCGCCACUAACAUGAAACAUGCCUUUGCCUUGUCUCCUUCCACCAAAGCCUCCAGGGAGAGUCUAGUGGAGCUCUACAAGAACUUUCAGGGAUGUACAGAGGACAUGUGCUUUAUAGAAGGGGCGUUGGAGGUCCAUUUAGGAGAGUUUCACUUGAAGAUGAAAGGCUUGGUGGGCUUCGCACGUCUCUGCCCAGGGGACCAAUAUGAGGUUUUUGUGCGACUGGGACGCCAAAAAUGGCGGUUGAAAGGCAAGAUUGAGACUGACGACAGCCAAACAUGGGACGAAGAAGAAAAGAUUUUCAUACCUAAUCUCCACGAGCAGUUUGAAAUCAAGGUGACAGAACUGCGAGGACUGGCCACUAUUCUAGUUGGAGUUGUGACAUGUGACAGCAUAAACUUCUUUACAACCAAGCCUCAGGCAAUCAUUGUGGAUAUAACUGAGCUGGGCACUAUCAAGCUGCAACUGGAGGUCCUCUGGAAACCCUUUGACACGGAGAACCUGUUUUUGUCACCUGGAACCACUGCCAAGUUUUCUGUGGGUAGCAGGAAGAACUCUUUAUACAACUGGACCCCACCAAAUACCCCCAGCUUCAGAGAGAAAUACUAUCUGUCUGUUUUGCAACAAAGACAGAACCAAGGGGAUGUAAGUGAAGAAGCUCAGCCUCCCAGCAUACUGAGCUAUUUGGCUGCCUGUGAUUUUGGUGUGCAUGAGAGGAGUAAGGCUCACGAUCCCGUGGAGACGAGUGAAGCAGACUCGUUCAGCUCUGAAGAUCUGAAAGGGACAGAGUCUAGAAAUGCAACUCCAGCUGCAGACCACAGGACAUUGCCAUUGGUGAUUAUUCAAGAGGCUUGUGCAGAAGAGCAACAUCCACUUCCAAAUCACGCAACUCUGGACAUUCUGAAGAAGACUCCGUGUGCGGAUGGAUUUCCAAGUAACCCACCUAGUUUUCUGAGUCGUGGCAAAGGCAGCAGAGCUUCUUUCAACCAGACCAGAAAUCGCCAUCUGACAGAACAAGAAAACAUUAGCCAGAAAAGCUUGAAUGCUGCAAAUGAUGUAAAACUAGAUGGAUGUACAAAGUCAAUCGAUAAAACUCUCCAAGAACUGUUAAAUUUGCUGAAAUUACAUGAUGUCAGGCAAGCCCAACUGGAGAAAUUGGAAUACCAAGUUUUAUCUAUGAGGGAUAAACUAAAGCUAAAGACGCUUCAUCACAGACGUUCCUCUAUGGAAAGUUUAAUGGUGGAAACAGUGCUGGAAAGUUUUGACUUUUUAAACGCUGACUGCAGUGCUGAUGAGCUUUCAUUAUUUGGAAGUAUAAGAACAGCCAGUAUCAGCACAUACAAUGACAGCACGUUUCAGUCCCUGAGCUGUGACAUGAAAACAGAAGCAAGAGGUGUAACUACUGGUGAUGACAACUUAGAUGUACUUUUGAUAACUCAUCUGAAGCUGUGCAAAGCUCUUUUACAGAAACUCAGAUCACUAAACAUAGCCCAGAUUGUCCAGGAGAGCGUUUUGGAAGAAGUGUCAGAGCAGACACAAGUCCUGGGGGAUGUCUUGGAUACGUCUGUUGAAGAAAUUAUUCAGAAGACUAAGAAGAAGAAGCACUAUCUGAAAAUAUGGAGUGAUCUCGCAGAGCCUGGCAGUAUCUUGUUUGCUUCAGCAGAAAGAUUCCAUCAUGCACUGAAAUACACAUCAGCGCUCAAAAUGAAGGAAAAAUACCCUGGUCAAUUAGAAGCAGUAUUGCGGAGAUUUCUAGAGCAGAUUGUCACCUGUGAUGGAUUGCUCCCCUCUCCAUACCACCAAACAGAACCAGUUACUUUAUUCCAAUUUUAUAACUACCUGGAGAAACAUCACAUUACCAGCCUGGACAAACACUUGGGAAAACUUGCUAAAGAAGUGAUGCUAAUUGAGGAGCUGCAGUGCCCUGGACGGCUGAAGACUCUUAAAAAAUUGAAAGGAAAGCGAUUGAACAAGCUCCAACCUCUACCACAGACUUUACGGCUGCUUGGGAUUUUACAGCUGGAUGACAACCACCGCGUCAGCAAAGCAGCCACAUCCUGCCUCUCCCGUGCAGCAGCAAACAAGAACUUUAGGGAAAAGGCUCUCCUUUUUUACACUGAUGUUUUAGCUGAUUGUGAUGCAAGACUUCAGCAAGCUGCGUGUUUGGCCCUUAAAAACCUCAGAGCUGUAGAGAGUAUAGAGCAGGUCGCCCAUCUGUGCCAAUCUGAAAUAGAGGAAGUUAGGAACGCUGCCCGGGAGACAACGUUGUCCUUUGGUGAAAAAGGACGACAAGCCUUUGAGAAAAUGGACAGAAUUUGCUGUGAAUUAAGAGACACUGUGCAGCAAGAGGCUGAAAUUGAAAUCACCGUAUUUUAGUAGUGGAAUAUGAGGAGCUAAAUCCCACCUUCCUCACAGCCACAGCUGAGUACUGAGGAUUUAGUUUGUUCAGGGUCUGGUUUAUUGACACCCUGCUAUGUACAUGCUGCGUACUGACAGAGUACAGCUUUGUUUCCAAAGUGGGCACAGUUUGCAAUCUAAACCAAAUAGACUGGAAUCUGUAUUUUCUUACUCUCAGCACAUGAUGAAAUCUCAAAUCCAGGUUGCCACUUGAGUUAAAUCUCCAUCUCAUUGGAACUGGCUGCCUCUGCAUGAACUAGAAUUCAAAUAUGAUCUAUUUUCACUUAAAAUAUUUUAUUAAUUUGGCAUUUCUCUAAGAGGAAAUAAAUGAUCACUCUCCUGCAGUCCAUCUAGAAACUAGCAGAAAACAGCUUGCUUAUAUCAACUGCCACAUAAAUCAGAAAAAUCUAGAAGCCUUAUUAAGUGGCUACCAUUCUUUUUUUUAUAUACAAUUUAGUUGCAGAAGAAAAACUUGUUACUUUAAAAGUCAUUUUUGGGGUAAUCACUGCAACUUAGGCCAGGCUCAAGCAAGGCUUGAGAAGGGUAAGUAAGUACUGAGUGUAAAUUCUCAGCAGUUUACAAGGGGAAUUUAUUUAUCAGUUAUUAUCCAUGUACAGAUCAGACUGCCCUAUGGACAGAUCUAUGUAAGUAAGUUUAAAAAGAAAAACAACAAAAAAAACACAAAAACCAUUUUAUUCCUUUAGUCAUAGACCAAGGUUUUGCAUAGUCACAUACCCAUUGUCAGGCUCCUUACUCAACACUUAUUUAAUGUAGUGGAGGCUAGUCACAAAGAGAAGUCUGGCUUCAGGUAAAAUACUUGAAAGGGUUUGGCUUGUGUGUAUAUAUUUUAUAUAUAUAGUACUUUUCUAUUCAGUAUUUAUUUGUUGGAUUUCAUACUUUUUUCCCUACAAUUCUAAUAAAACUUAUGAGACAAAUUUCUGCAAGUCCCUCACGCUGGUGUAUGUCCAGAGUAAUGGGAACAGGGAUAAGGCAAUCAACCCCUCAUGGCAGGUAAGAUACUGUGUAUUGAGCUAGGAUGUGUAUCAAGGAAGCACGGUGUGUAUUUCUUCUAGCUAUGGGACGUUCAGGCUUGCAUGGGUGAAACAGGCUGGGCUGUCUGCAGUAUUUCACUUGGGAACAUGCAGCUUCCUGAGACACUUCAACUCUAUACUCACGAGCUCUGUAUAGCAGGACCGUGGUGCCAGGUCAUCCUAUUCCAUGGCAAAGUUUAACCAAACUUAGAAGGGGCUGCUUAUCUAUGGUUUAAUUCUGCUUUCAAUUUACAGAUUUAUUUAAAAGCAGGGGAACAACAUUUUCCUACUUUAGUAAGUUUUCUGCUUCCCCCUAGCCUCAUUCACCUAAUCUGCCCCUUCACUACAAAAAAUAAAGAGAACAUUUUGUAUAUGUAUAAAAAAGUUAAAGUACAGUAAAAGACAAGUAAAUUCUUACAGUAAUAUUUAAAACAUUUUCCAGUAAGAAAAAUAACAAACAUUGGGUUAGUCCAGAGCUGCAAGUGGUUCAAAAUAGGAGGCCCUGGCUCUAGCACUGAGAAGACAGGAAGCGAUGAGACACGUACCUUCUUUAAAAAAAGAAUUUUAUUGUAACAACUAAAAUGAGAACUGAAAACUUGGAUGGGAAAUUGAAAAACUGUACAAUUUUACUCUAACCUCUGAGGUCUUUGCAGUGGCUUACACAAAAGACAAGAUACCUGAAAAUGUAUUAUACCAAAACAUUUAGCUUUUUUGUUUUUUAUUUUUUUAAAAAAGUUUAUUCUAUGGCAAUCUGUAAAAAAGAAAGACCUGAUGAGUAAAUAUUUGCUUAAGGCAUAUAGCAGAGCAGCUCACUAACUUUCUAACAAGUUUAACAUGGAUAUUUGUCCAUUUUCCAAGAAUAGGUUAACCAAUACACCCACUUUGAAGUGCUACUGUAUAUACACACCCGAACUACUACAUACAUAUACAAGACAUCAAAACAAAAAUGUUUACAGUUCAGUAUUAUAAGCCUUAUACACACCUCACUGGUCUUGUGGGCUACUUCACUGUCUACCCCAGGACAGCGCCAAUUCUCCUGGAUUUGGAGCAGAUGAAAGAAAUAGCAAAGUACAUUGGUGGAAGGCGGGGGGGGGGGGGUUCAAAACUUACUUCCUCUGCAGGAAGUUUCUCUUACUAGAAUAAUUUGCAAAAACAGUGCAAGUGAAUUAUUCUAGAUUCAAAGGAAGAUGCUUUAUUUUAUUGUCAAGCCUAAAAUUUAAAGCUUUCCUUCUUGGAAAGAGCAUAGCUGGGGGGGGGGGGGGGGGGCCACUAUUUCAAGAACCUCUAUUUUUGCACUUUUGCAGCUCAAAGCAUGCUAUUGAGAUCUUCCAAGAAAGGUUUUCUUCCUCAUCCUCCAGUGCAGCUCUGCAGGCAGCACAGCAAGUCAUACCCAGGAAUCACUGAGCUAUCACUCGCCUCAAGUGACCAGAGGUGAGGUGUGGAUAUGGCUUACUAAACACUCUGGAAUGUCUGUACUAUACUUACUCAGCUGAAAUGAACCAUGCUAAACAACCGGGUUACACUGAGUACGCAGAAAUUCAAUAGGAAGUCAUGCCAAGUAUUGGGCGAGUACAUGUUAUCUGAUAAACACCAAAUCAAUCUAUCGCUGAACGAAGAGACUUUCAGCAACACCCUUUGAACCACAGCCACUUAAUGAUCAGUUCAUGCAAAUAUACUUUGGGCACAUCAGUAAGCAGAAAUAUGUUCUUUCACCUUUCAAGCACAUGGUAUUUAAUCAGGACACUAGAAGACUUUACAUGCAUUUUAAUACAAAUGAUGUACAAAUGUUGCUUUAGAACAAUAUUCUACCAGAUGAUGGAGAGAAUAGUGGGGACAAAGCAAUCACAUACUGUAUCUUAAAUACACAGUUGAGCCGUUAUAUAUUACCAUUUUUCUAUACUCAUUUUUCAUGAUUCCAAUAAUAUAACUAAAUAUUGACUGAUUACAACAUUCCUCCUUUCCAGUACUGGUCUGACCAACAGUCUCACAGGUAAAGUAUUGACUCCCAGUACUACCUGAGGAUUUAUUAUUGUACUUGUGAAAAGCCCUUGAUGCAAGCUUGACAGAACACAAAAUAGAAACAACUCCCACCCCCCAGUUUACCACCUUAUUCACUGAAGGAAAAGAGCUACACUACAGACAGUUUUGCAAAAAUAAAUAUGGAGUGGAAAGAGACUUACAUAAGAUACUCCAUAGUGAUGUCUGCAUGAGAGUGGUGGUUAAGUGCUAUAAAUCUAGAAAGCAUUUAAAGAUAAAAAGAACUGAUUAUUAACACUGUUGCAAACCAGUUGUCAUGGAUUAGUUUCAUUCACUACGCCUUUCAGUAGUGAAUUGACUCUCGUCUUCUGCCCCAUGACAUCAGCAAAGAAGUCUUUGCUGCUGUUGUUUAAACAAUAAUAAUUUGGUACUAACACGAGGAACAGCAUUGGCAAAGACGGUUCAGUGCAGUGCAGGCUUCCAGUCAUGGUUCCACCAGUGUGCCCCAACCCUCCUUUACAAGCUCUCUAUGUUUUCACCAACUGAGUGGAACAACUCAGCUGCAGCACGGCACAGGACAAACCCACCCAGCUCACGUUAGGACAGCGACAACCCUGUCUGCAGAGGUGCAAGACUUACCCACCAACACCACCACGUCCCACCAUCACUGAACAGCGCAUCUUCAAGCCAAACUAAGCCAGUACUUUAAAUCUUUGCUUUAAAAAAGCAGAACACGCAAAUGCUUGCAUCAUAAGCCAGCUGAUACAUUCUCAGACCAACAUGUCUUCUGUUGAGCUUUUUACUUCGUAAGGAAGCUGCCACAGCAUUAAUUGCUCUGGAUUUCUUGAAACGCUUUCCUGCUCAUUACUCGCACUGCCUCUGAGCACGUUACCUCACCAGCUGCUGGAGGAAGCAUGCUAUGCCUUAUGAAGCAGAUGUACAGAUGUAGAGUGAAACUGCAUUUUACAUUCCAAAUGAUGAGGUUUAAGAACUGGUCCUUCUCAAUGCCAACCGAACAGCUGCAAAAUGCUGGUGGACAUGUUUUGGUUGAAUUUCGUUUCCCGUUUCUCUCCCUCUCCUCACCUUCUCCUAACCCAGAAUAUAAAAGUAAAAACAGCUUUACAAAGGAUGGUGCAAUGUAAAUAGACAUAUGUGCAAGUAGAGUGCAACAAAAGUCAAUGAGAAGAUACACUUAUUUCCAAAAAAAAAAAAAAAAAAA